AUCGUCCUCAGCAAGGGAUCAUACAACGCUAACCGGAAGGUCUUCGCUCGGCUCCGCUCUAAGAGAUUCCUCUCUCGAGUUCGCAGAGUCCAUGUAGUGGACUGGUUUGGGUCUGGUCUGAUACCAUGUUGCCCAGUAUGGCCGUAUGCGGAGCAUGAUAUGUCUAUGGAACUACGCGAGGAUAAAACUUGGAUCCAAUUCCGGGCGCUAGUGAAGCAGAUGAGCAAUAUGAGACUCACUAAUUUCAGUCAGCUCAGGCCGCCUUGCCCGAGCCACUUCUGGAGCUGCUUAUAAGGAAACCACACUGUCGAAUUCAUAUCGACCUGCGAGAUGACCUGCCUCCUUGGACCAUGUCCAGCUACGACUACCUGUUCCCAGCCAUGGCUUCAGAAGGUCAGCUGUCAUCUCCGGAAUUGUUGACAUCAAACUUUUCAAGCUUGGGGAUCGUGAUCCGGGCAAAAGACGUACCUGCGCUCGAUCGUCUAGGGGAGCUCGUUGCUUCAUGUCACAAUCUCAGAACCCUGAAGGUGUCGUGUAUAGGAAGAAUCACCAGGCCUAUCCGACGUAAUGGGCAAGUCGAACCAUUCAGAAGGCCACCGAGAGGCCACCCUUGGAAUUGCCAAUCCAAUGAAUGUGGCGAGACCCUUCCAGGCUUGUUGGAGCUCGAGCUAUCCAGCUUUUGUAUUUGCGGAGACGUUGACGGUGCUUCCUAUGAAAACCUGCCGUGGCAGCAAUUACGGCGUGUCAAAUUUACCUGUCCUUCCUUUCUCACCCGAUUUGCCGGACAGAUGACGCAUCUCUGUGCUCUCGAGCUUCACUUGGAUUUAAGAUCCCCCGACAUUGAAUCGUUCUGCAUGGAUCCUUCAUGCUCUCCUUCAACAGAGGAUAUUGGACAAUGCUUAAGAACAUUUACGGGAUUGAAGGAGCUUCAUCUGGUCAAUGGUACGCACUUGCUUGAUGAAACGCUGAUCGCCCAAGUUGGUCCAACCGUUCGAUCGAUAUCAGCGCACCAGCAAGAGCAAAGGACAACUACGGAAAGGAUAAUCCUUUCUAAAGAGAUGCUGUUCACCAUUGCAGCAAUGUGCCCGAAUCUGCGUUCUUUGAGUGUGGAUAUGCUCGAUAAAUCGGUAUUGGUAGGUGCCUAGAAGCUCUACAAUGUUACCGCCAUCAAUUUGUUUCCAUCCAGCUUACUCAACUUUGAGACUUUUGCUAAUG